GAAUCUUCUCAGUCACCUCCAGCUGAGCUCACAGCUCCUCUUCACCAUGUCCUACAACGGCUGUUCUGGAAACUUCUCCUCCCGCUCCUUCAGGGGCUACCUGCCCUCCUCCUGGUCCUCCUGUGGCAAUUCCUUCCCCAGCAACCUGGUCUACAGAACCAGAACUGACUGCUGCUCUCCCAGCACCUGCCAGCUGGGCUCCUCUCUCCAUGGUGGCUGCCAGGAGACCUGCGUUGAGCCCACCAACUGCCAGAGGUCCUGUGUGGUGUCCAGCCCCUGCCGGCCUUCCUGCUACUACCCAAGGUCCUCCUCCCCCUGCACUCCCUGCCAGACUCCUUAUGGCAGGUCUCUGGGCUUUGGGUCCAGCAGCUGCAGUUCCCUGGGCUGUGGAUCUAGAAGAUGCUGCUCAGUGGGCUGUGGAUCCAGUGGAUUCAGUUACCAGAAUUAUGGAGCCCGCAGCUUCCCUGCCCAGUAUUUUCGAUCCCGUUUGUGCAACCCUAUCUCUUUUCCUUCUAGCCGUUUCUAUUCAUCUUGUCACCAGCCAUUCUAUACUUCUGGCUUUUAUUGA